GUUACCUCUAAGGAGCUAGUCAGCGGGCCUUAGCAGUGAGCUACCUCUACCUUUCCGUCUUCGUUUACAAAGACAACAAAGAAAUCGCAGUUACGCAUAUAUAUUAUACUUCGACAUAAUGUCGGCGAGUGACAAUGACUCUGUCGACUUGACCAGAUCUGGCUCUCCAGUUCAUCACAGAAAAAAGCAUAUGGAGUCAUCGAAGUCUCCCAGAAGCUCCAAACAUCACCAUUCACGGUCAAGGUCACGCUCCAGAGACCGAAAACGUGACAGAAAAUACAGACGGAGUCGCAGCAGGAGCAAAGAGGCACGAAAGAGGGAUUCUGAGAAGCCAUCGAAAUCACACCGAAAAACAGAUGAACUGCAAGAGAGACUUUCAGCAGAGAACGGGGAGGAGCGAUCCAGGCGCAAGGACAGGAAGUCCUCGAAGGGCCGGAGCCUGUCCAGAUCACAGUCCAGAGAGAGACGGCACCACAGCAGAAGUAGGGACAAGCGGCGAUCAAGAUCACGCAGCCGGGACAAGAAGAAGAAGGCCAGGUCUCGCUCAGGUUCAAGGACCAAACACCGUCACCAUAGCAGAAGUCGCAGUAAGAGCAGGGAACGAAAGAAAAGGACUGAAAAGGUGCGCAGGAAGAGUCGAAGCAGAACUGUUAGUCCACCUGCCUUCCGGGGCCGAAACACAGCCAUGGAUGCUCAAGAGGCGCUGGCAAGAAGUCUUCUUCCCAGGCUGGAGAGAGCGAAGAAACUACAGGAGCAGAAGGAGAAGGAAAUGUUUGAGAAACAGCAGCAGCAACAGCAGGAGAUAGCCGCAGCAGCGGCUGCAGCUGCAGCAGCUGCCUCAAACCCCGCCCUCAAUGUGGCAGCUCUCCUGGCCUCUGGGACGCAGGUUACGCCUCAGAUCGCCAUGGCAGCACAGAUGGCGGCCCUACAAGCAAAGACACUGGCAGAGACUGGUAUUGCCGUGCCCAGCUACUAUAACCCGUCUGCUGUAAAUCCAAUGAAGUUUGCAGAGCAGGAGAAGAAGAGGAAAAUGCUAUGGCAGGGAAAAAAGGAUGGGGAGAAGUCCCAGACAGCGGAGCUGUGGGAGAAGCUUAACUUUGGAAACAAGGACCAAAAUGUUAAAUUUCGCAAACUGAUGGGUAUUAAAGGAGAUGACGAAGUGGAAGCUGCCAAACCACUCAACGAUGAAGGCAUCAAGACUCUUCAGAAGCAGGAGGAGAUGUUUAGGAACCUUGAUGUUCAGUAUGAGAUGGCUCGUUCUCAGACACACACUCAGAGGGGAAUGGGCCUCGGCUUUUCCUCCUCAUUCUCACGUGGAAUGGAUUCCAUGUAGUGCCAAACUGGUUGUCGUUGCCACUCUUGAUCGUAUGGGACUCCCAAUUCAUUGCUAGCCCUAAAGCUUUCACGGAUGUUGCUCUGAAUAUGUAAUUUAUUUAAAGACAAAGGUCUCACAUAUUGGAACAUUGUAAAUAGCCAGUUGCUGAGUUUGUCUCAGUGUUUAUUAAUCUGUACAUCUCUGGAAAAGGAAGCAUCAUUUUGUUGGGUUGAUGCUGGAUAAAAAAGUGCAUAUGUUUUGAAUAAUGUGCUAACUUUUUAAAAAACAAGUCAAAUGUAUAUUGAUGUGAUUGUUUGAACAUAAACUAAAUAUGUGGUUCAAGUGAACACUGUUUACAUCCAUUAGCAAAAGGUAUCUGAGGUCAAAGUAGCAUAAUCAGAAUCCUUUAGUUUCUCUUCUCCUGAUUGGCAGAAACACCUUGUAUAAAAUGCAAUAUGUAUUCUCUGUAUUAGCGGAUGGGUUGUAAUACAUACAGUCUUCUGAAUUGUCCUGUAGAGAGAUGAGCAUGGCAGGAAUAAUUAUGGUUCAAACAUUCUUUAAAUAAAUUAGUUUUGUGUCUGAAAAAAGGUUUUAUAAUACGUCACAGUACUGGAUUUUAUAUGCGAUACAUGUGGGUAAUAACAGUUGCUACAAAUUAAGGGGAUCCUGGGAAAGUAACAUUGCUUAUAAUCUGUAUGUUUCCAGCAUCCGUUUAUUCAACACUGUGAAAAAGUCUUGAGCUACUUUUUUUUUUUUUUAAAUACUUUGCUUGCAAAGAGUAACAUAGGAGGACUGUGUUGUAUUUUUUUUAAAGUGGUCUUGAGUAAUAGUUCUGCUUUUCCCCUCA